AUGGGGUUCAGAGAGGCGGUGUUGUUAGGGUUUGUGCUUCUCUUCUCAGGUGGAAAUCUUUGUGCUGCUUCACAAAACUUUAGCCCCAAUGAAACUCUAAACCAAACCCCACAAGAACAAGCGACACUGCUGCCAAGUUCCCAGCAGAUAACGGAUCAUCAGUCAAACCGGACAGGGCACAGCCAUCCAGUGCGCUCUCCUGUCAGCUACCGGCUCAAGAUCUACCAGCUGAGGAAGCCAGCUGUCCGCCCUGACAUACAGAAACCUCUCCAGCCGCUUACAGGGCAAACUUUUCAAAACCCGCAGAGAUCGCAGGCGGGAGCGCUGACCCCAGAGCUGCUGGAGCUGAGGGAAACUCAAAAGUUGAUUAAAGGCCCAAAUCUGAACCCGACAGUCAAGCACAAAUCAAAGGUAAUGGUGAAGUUUGAGCAGAGGAUGCCCGUGCCAGCUGACAGUGUGGCAGCGCGCUGUGGUGAAGGAGAGGUCACCAUAGAAGUCAAACAGAACUUCUUAGGAAACGGUCAGUUGAUCCGUCCAAGUGAUGUGACCUUAGGAGGCUGCGCUGCUCUAGACACCGCUGACCACAUCCUGAAGUUCCAGACAGAGCUACAGGGCUGCGGCAGCACAAUGACAAUGACUGAAAAGGCCCUCGUCUACACCUUUUCGCUGAUGUACUCUCCAACACCCAUCGGCAACACCUCGAUUUUUAAGACCAACCCUGCUGAGGUGGUAAUUGAAUGCCACUUUCAAAGGAGGCAUUAUGUGAGCAGCGAUGCCAUGCAGCCUACCUGGAAGCCAUUCGCCUCUGAAAUGCUAGCAGAGCAACAGCUGCGCUUCUCCCUACGUCUCAUGACAGAGGACUGGCAGUCGCAGCGGCCUUCCAGUGUGUACUUCCUGAGUGACGUGAUGCACAUUGAGGCAUCGGUCCACCAGGGUCACCAUCUUCCAAUGAGGGUCUUUGUGGAAAGCUGUGUGGCCCACGCUAGCCCCGACCCCAAUUCUCAACCCAGAUACUCCUUCGUCAACAAUCAUGGGUGUUUAACUGAUGCUAAGAUGACAGGAGCCAAGUCUUACUUCAUGCAGAGAAGCCGGGAGGAUAAACUUCAUUUCCAGCUGAAAGCCUUCAAGUUCCACCAAGAUCACAGGAAUUCACUCUACAUCACAUGCCAUCUGAAAGCAACAACGCUCUCUGUUCCCAUCGACUCGCAUCACAAAGCGUGUUCAUUCUUGCCUGAAGCCAACAGAUGGGUGGCAUCAGGUGGAGACAAUAAGGUGUGUAGCUGCUGUGAGACCAGCUGCAGCGAGCGCAGACUGAGAAGAAGCCUUGCUGCAGAUGCAGAUCUGCAGUGGGAGGGAACAGCUGCUCUGGGGCCCAUCCUGCUGGAGGAGAACAUCCUGCAAAAUGAGCUGACGGAGCUGUCCGAGUUUCCUCCAGAGUCGUCCUCUCUGCUCCACACACUUGAAGUGAUUCAGGCAGCCUCCUGUCCAUCAGUAGCCCUGCUGUGUGGAGUGGGAGCUGCGUUGGCUGUGAUGUUGCUUUUUUUCAUGGGUGGGGCCAUUCACAGCAGACUACACAAACCCACUGGAUACUCUGUUUCUACCUGA